CUGGGCAACGUGCUGGUGUGCUCGGCCAUCGUGCGCAGCCGCCACUUGCGCGCCAGGAUGACCCACAUGUUCAUCGUGUCUCUGGCCGUGUCCGACCUCUUCGUGGCCUUGCUGGUCAUGCCCUGGAAGGCUGUGGCGGAGGUGGCCGGCCACUGGCCCUUCGGGGCCUUCUGCGACGUGUGGGUGGCCUUCGACAUCAUGUGCUCCACCGCCUCCAUCCUGAACCUGUGCAUCAUCAGCGUGGACCGCUACUGGGCCAUCUCCAGGCCCUUCAGCUCCCGGGGCGCGGUGGACCCGCCGCCAGGCGACCUGGCCAACGGGACGUUCUGGGGGACAGCGGGGGACCCAGAGGUGCGGGAGGAGAACUGUGACUCCAGCCUGAACCGCACUUACGCCAUCGCCUCCUCGCUCAUCAGCUUCUACAUCCCCGUGGCCAUCAUGAUCGUGACCUACGCGCGCAUCUACCGCAUCGCGCAGGCGCAGAUCAGCAGGAUCGCCUGCCUGGAGAGGGCGGGGCAGCGCGCGCAGAGGUGCGGGGGCCGCGAGCCGGAGCCCGGGAUGCGGGCGUCCAUCCAGAAGGAGACCAAGGUGCUGAAGACCCUGUCGAUGAUCAUGGGGGUCUUCGUGUGCUGCUGGCUGCCCUUCUUCCUCCUGAACUGCAUGGCCCCCUUCUGCAGCCGCCGCCCCGAGGGCGCCCGCGCCGGCUUCCCCUGCGUCAGCGACACCACCUUCGACGUCUUCGUCUGGUUCGGCUGGGCCAACUCCUCCCUCAACCCCGUCAUUUACGCCUUCAACGCGGACUUCCGGAAGGUGUUCGCCCAGCUGCUGGGGUGCCGCCGCCUCUGCUCCCGGCGCACCCGGGUGGCGACCGUGACCCUCAGCAAUGAGCUCAUCUCCUACGACCAGGACACCGUCUUCUCCAGGGAGACCGCCGCCGCCUACAGCCAGGUGGUCCCCAGCGAGGUGACCCCCCGCCACAGAGAGGGGGACAGGGAGGAGGAGGAGGAGGGUCCUUUGGAUCUCAUGUGACAGAACUCUCAAGCGUCCCCAGAGGGUGACCCUGCCGCCCAGUCUGUCUGGGAGCUGGGCUGUGACGGGGAGACUUCAUUAGGCAAAACGCCUUUCGCCUCAGGGGGGUUCCGGUAAACUGCGUACAAAUGCCCUUCUGGACCUACAGAGAUGCCCAGACACUGAAGCACGGGGCACACACACGCGUCCAGUGUUGCUCGGAUCACCAUCGCUCCUGUCUCCGUGUAGUAGUGUUUGUGCUUAGAAACCUUACCUGAUUGGUUUGUUGUUGAAAGAAUUGGCAGAAGCAAUUGGGGCAAACUCGGUGUAAUACACCCCAGUCUGGCAGAUGCGGACCGAUGGUCCUUUCAGAGGUGAUGGUUGGUCCUUACAAAAAACUGAAAAUGUGGGACUGGGCCUUAAACAUAUAUCCUCUUCCCCUUUAAACCAAUGGAUGGCUCAGCGACUUGGGCUCGGGCGGCUUUUUGAAUAGGCUCAGCGUGUGCGGUGCUGACGGGGCGGGUGGCUCUGCCCCCCGGGGCCUGUGUUGAAGCAGCAUCUGCGCUCGGUGUCCUCCGACAGCUGAGGAAUGCUUCCCGACAU